ACUUUUGACGUCGUGGGCGGCGUCACCGUUGGAGAAAGCGCGACCAACUCUCGCCCUGUUCCCCGCCCUCGGCCGGCCCACUGGUUGCUGCACCCUGCUUUCACACGACCGUGCCUUCUGUCUAGAUCUUGUUUCGAAAGACGCAGCUGCCUCUGGAGGAGUAUUCCAGUUGGCUCACUCUUCGACUGAACGUCUAUGCGCGAUGCGGCGUCGAGAAAUACAUCCCUCCAAUGAAUCUAUUCUGGGAAUACCAUGACAACGGAUGGCAGAAACAUGAACGGUGCGACUGAGACAAGCGCCGUUGAGGACGAGCACUUGGCAAGCAUCGUCCAUCCGCCGACACCAAAGCACAAGCAGCGAAGCCUCUCUGCCGGUCUCCUACAGCGAUUCAACUUUCUAUCACGUCCGGCGCCUGUCGAACUGUCGACAUCAGCUCCUGCUGCAGCGCGUAAACGCAAGGGUUCGCUGAGGAAAACGGCGCUGCUGGGACCUGGUCGCGUCAAGCAAGACCCUCCUGCCACCGACAUAUUCAACAGACUCGCCCAAGAUGCUCAAUCCGACGAUGCCGUCCGAUCCAUAGACGAUGCUUUGCACCAAGCUCUCGCCGUCGAAGACUUGCACCAACCUCGUCGAUUGUCUCUAGUCGACGAGCACUCGCCUGGCUCAUCGCCGCCGUCUAUCCCUCCUCCGCCUGUGCACCCAGAUCUGGGCUCGCCCAUCAUUAGCCCCACGAGUCAGAGCUAUGCCUCGACUACCGACGACGACGACCUCAGUAUGGCUGCCACCGUCACACGUCCGACCUCAUACUUUGAUGCUCGCCCCGUUGUCGAUAUCGUGCGCCGUCGCUCGUCGCUGAAACAUGCGCCGUCUCCUCUGUCGGCUGUCCCAGUCAUGGUUCACAACGCAGACGAGGCCUACGACUAUGCCGAGACAGAGCGAUGGGGAUGGGUCGUGCUGGUCGUCACUUGGGUCGUCUUUGCCGUAGGCAUGGGAAGCUGUCUUGGUGUGUGGAGCUGGGCUUGGGAUGUCGGAGUGACUCCAUAUGCGCCGCCCGAACUUGAAGAUGAUCCGACUCUGCCCAUCGUCGGCUACUAUCCUGCCUUGAUCAUCUUGACUGCGGUCAUGGCGUGGGUAUGGGUCGUCGUCGCAUGGGUCGGUAUGAAGUACUUCAAGCAUGCAAAGAUACAAGGCGACGAUUGAUUUAUACGUUCCAUGCUGAUCAAAUCUACGAUAUUCUCAUCCGCCCUUUCUCCAGCCUCACCAAGGAUCCGAGUCUAGCUGCGUUGAAC